GAUCACACCUGUUAUUGGUUGGCAGAUCUCUGUCAAAAAGCCAGCACAUGCACACACACAGCUUCGCUCUCUGUGGACCUUUUGCUCGGUUGAAGUAGUUGAUAUAACAUCAUGUGGCUUCUGCUCUUCAUCUUCAUCUGCAUUGUCAAAGUUGAUGGAGCUCCUAUAAAUGACACCCACAGUGCUGCUUCUCCAGCCACAGGCGCUAAUGUCUCAAUGUCUGAUGCAACUUGGACAGCUGGUGUAGAAACUGUGGAAGUUAAUGGUGCUCCCGUAAAUGAAACCCACGAUGUUACAGUUCCAGGUGCAGGCAGUGAUGUCUCGGAGUUCAAUGAGACUCUGACAGCCAGUGCGGAAACCAUGGAAGAACUUGAGCACGAACUGCCUGUCACCGAGGGAGACCUUUUGUUGGUGGAAGACAGGAAUGCUGUGCUGAUGCUGUGGCCGGACAUCUCCAUCCCGUACACCAUAGGUGAUGAGCUCGCUGACCGAGAGACGAGCAUCCUCGCUGCCUUCAGAAUGAUAUCCGAUCACACAUGCAUUCGCUUCCAUAGACGCACCACAGAGCUGAACUACCUGCAGUUCCUGAACGGCAGAGGCUGUGCAUCCUACGUUGGCUGUCGAGGAGGGGGGCAGCCGGUGUAUUUUGCCCGCUCCUGCAGCGUGGGGAACCUUUGUCAUGAGGUCAUCCACGCUCUGGGCCUGCAUCAUGAACACACACGCCCCGAUCGGGACCAAUACAUCAGUGUGCAAUGGCAGAGCAUCAAGGCUGGGAGAAAGAAGAACUUCAAGGUGAAACACGGGGAUACUCUCAACCUACCAUAUGACCUUGACUCCAUAAUGCAUUAUGGGAAAUAUUUCUUCACUGCAGACAAGACGCCGACCAUCAUGGCCAAGAAGGGCGGGGCGCAGAUGGGUCAGAGAAUUCGCCUCAGCCCUCUAGACAUAAAGAAACUGAACAGACUCUACCAGUGUGAUAAGAGGACCCACUUGAUGUGACCCUGGCUGACCUCGGCUAUGGAGACUGAAGUUUUUAAGUUGUUUUCACCUUGAAUUUUCUAAGAUAAAAUUUUUGCCAAAACUA